AUGGAGCCUGCUGCUGUGCUGCCCCCCGCCUCCAAGGGCUCUCUCGCCUCCUACUUCCCGCCUUCGCAGCUCCCCGCCCGCUACCAGCAGCAGCAGCAGCAGCAGCAGCAGCAGCAGCAGCAGCAGCAGCAGGGGCUGCUGCAGCGGGAGGAGCCGCAGGCGCUCGCAGGCGGGCAGCCGCAGCAGCGGAGGGAGCUGCAGCAACGCCAACUCGACGAGAGACAGCUCCCACAACUGCAGCAGCAGCAGCAGCAGCAGCAGCAGCUCAAGCUGCAGCAGCAGCAGCAGCAGCAGCAGCAAGGGGCCGCUGCUGCUCUCGAGGCAGCAGCAGCAAUCUUCGGCAGCAAAGAAGGCAAGGGGGCCCCCCUGUCUCACCACUCGGGCGACAGCUGCUGCAGCCCCGCAGUCUCGACAGCAGCAACAGCAGUUGCUGCUGCAGCAGGGCAAGCAGCAGCAGCAGCAGCAGCGGGAGAAGCAGCAGCAGCAACGGAGGCAGACACGGAAACAGACACAGCAGCAGCCGAUGAAACAGAGACAACUGCAGCAGUAGACGCAGCAGCAGCAGCAGCAGCAAGCAGCGAGGAGGGCUCUCCACUGGCUAGGCAGCACCAACUCGCUUGGCAGCAGCAGCAGCAGCAGCAGCAGCAGCAGCAGCAGCAGCAGCAAGACGGGGAAUGCGUUCAGGCCAUACAGCAAGGCCAGUCUUAUCAGUCCACCCCACACGAGCAGCAGCAGCAGCAGCAGCAGCAGCAGCAGCAGCAGCAGCAGCAGCCCUGGAGGCGGCUUGUAAAUGGAGCAGUGGGGAAGACGCACCAGCUGCUGCUGCUGCUGCAGCAGCUGCUGCUGCAGCACCGCGCCUUGCUGCCAGUUGUCCCCUCUUUGCUGCUAGCAGCAGUGCCAGUUGCAGGGACUCUUUGCGUGCUCGUGGCAAGCCUGUUUCCACUUUGCGGGCUGCUGCCUGUCGGGUUUGGGGUUUAUAUGCUUUGGGGUAAUCUGGUUGAGCUGCUGCAGGGCGGCAGCGGGUGGCAGCGGGCUGCAGCAGCAGCAGCUGUUUUGCUGCUGCCGCUGCUGCUGCUGCCUGCUGCUGGGUUUGUUGCUGCUGGGGGUUUGCUGCUGCUGCUGCUGCUCCCGCUGCUGUUCAUCUUGAUUCCUUUGGGCCUCAUCUGCAGCGUGCCGCUAGCCGCGGUGUCUACCGGCCUUCUGUUGGUCCUCAACGUCGUCUCGCAGCCCUCCAGAGCUCUAAACCCUAAACCCUAA